AGCAAAUCCUGACAAUGGAAAUCCACACACAGUUUUAUUAAAAGACACCUGAAUAUUUACAGGUAAAUGUCAGACACACACCGACAGAGGCACCCGGUGUAAACUGCUCCAGCUUUUUCUCUGAGCCCUCCCACCUCCUGAUGCACAGUAUUUGCAUACAGAGCAGAUCGAGCACCUCCCUCACCGGCUUGGUUUUCCCUUCCUUGGAAGCACUCCACCAACCGGACUUUCCUCUCUAGUAGUCUGGCCAACAGAGGAGGAAGUUAAACUGGGCGGUUCAGCUGUCGGUUCCGUCACCGCUUCACAAUCUCUUUACAACCUGAGAAUCUGCGCGUUUUUGUUCCGCAGCGACUUCUCCGCUUUCAGAAACUUUUUUUCCUCUCUCUCUCAGUUUUGUUGGAGGGGGGUCUCAGCUGAUCCGCCAACACCGAACUAUCAAAAUGUCUCUCCACACAAGGCAGAAAACCACGACGAGCUACCGGACGGUGAAAGUCGCCUCUCCGGAGCCGGUGAGCAACACGGUGAUCUCUGCCAGCCCGGUGUCAACGCUGCCGUACGGGAUGAACGGCUCCUACGAGACGGUGCGAUACCUGGUGCCGAUGCAGCAGCAGUCCUACGUCCUGAUGCAGCAGCCUUACAUACAACAGCCGAUGAUGCAGCAGAUGGUUUCCCCGGUUUACGUGCAGGGUAUGCAACACCUGAGCGUCAGCAGCCAGGAGUCCGACAUGCUGUACCAGCAGCAGAGCGCGGUGGAGAGCGUCAGUGGACAGUCCUCAGUGUUCAGUCAGUCGUCCAGUCCCAUCAAGAGCCCCGAGCCAAGUGUUGAGGAGGAGGAGGAAGAGGAAGAGGAGGAGGAGGAGGAAGAGGAGGAGGUGGUGGAGGUGGAAGAGGUGGAGAUCAUCAACGUCGUUCAGCAGAACCCGCCACCGGUGAUUGAGAGGAUCUCCAGGACGGAGGUGAAGACCGAGCAGAGGGAAGCUCCCCAGUUGACGAAGUUGGACACGCGGUACUUUGGCGAGCUGCUGGCUGAGGUCUACAGGAAGAACUGCGACAUCCACUCCUGCAUCUCCGAGCACGUGUCCAAGAUCCGUGGACAGAAACACCAGCUGGAUCCCAGCAAUGACUACAAGGUGGAGAGAGAGGAAGUGGAGGCUUUGAUCCCCAAAGGAACCACUGAACUGACCAAACAACAAAUCCGCUACCUGCUGCAGACUCGUCUCACUGCAGAUAAAAGCAUGCGUCUGCUGCUGUCUACCUUCAGCAGUCUGAGAGAGGAGCUCCUCCACAUGUCUGAGGACCUGCGGCGUCUGGAGAGCGAGAAGGAGUCUUUGGAGAGAGAUCUGAGUUUUAAGGCGGACCAGGCUCAGCAGUACGACUGCCUCCUUGAGGCUGUCCGAGAAAACAACAGACAGCUCCAGCUGUCUCUGAAGGAAACCACUGCCGCCCAGCGUUCCCUGGAGAGCCAGCUGUUGAGCAGCCGAAGCACCGACUCGGGCCUCGAGUUCAAGAUCAAAGAGCUGGAGGGCCAGAUCAGAGUGCUGCAGAAAGAGAACGAGAUGCUGCGACAGAAGCAGUCAGGCCAAGCCAGCAGCUCCGCUCUGCAUAUCAAAACAGAGGAGUUGUCACGUCAGUACAACGAUCAGCUCAGCACCAUGAGACAAGAAAAAGACCGGGAGAUAGAAAGGCUGCGGUCCCAGAUUACAAAGAUCCACACGGAGAUCACCACCGAGAGGUCAUCAUCCUCCUCCUCGGAGAAGGGUCUCCAGCUGAAGAUCUCAGAGCUGCUCGCCAUGUUGGAUCAGCGGCAGACCACCAUCACCCGACAGGAGGAGGAGAUCAAAAAGCUGAUGCAAGAGAAGAACGACAGCUCCAAGAGCGUCACCAAGACCAUCAUCACCAAGAGGUACAGGAACCAGUACCCUAUCCUCGGUCUGCUGAGCGACGACUACCAGGUGACCUCGCCCGUGAAAGAAGCCAAGACCAUCGUCAUCGAGAGAACCGGAGAGAUGAUCAAACAGGAAAUCAUUACAACCCCUUAAAGACACACUGCUUCUCUCCGACAGGAAUGAUUGAACGACAGGAAGACCCAGACGUCACCCGCUAUCCCACCCUGCAUGCUUGUCCCCUCCCCUCCC